AUGUCCGAAGAUCGAAACCGACGCUCUACACGCUCGUCUGUUGGAACCUCGGAUGGUAGUGAUAUAGCUGCUGCAAUUCCGCCAAAGGUAGCCUCUAGUGAACGCGAUACUAAACCUUGGCCAAGUGUUUUAACUGAGACUCGUGCACAGCCGAUAGUCACUUCCGAAAGCGGCGUGAACGCGGAUGGGACUAUAAAGACAACCGUGACCCCGCCCACUCCCACAGACUCGCAACAGCACUUUCCGCCAAAGAGUCCAGUUGGUGCGGUACAGGCUGGGGACAACGGUAUGAAGAAGAGGGGUAGAACAAAUUCUUUGAGUAAUGCUCCCAGCAAGCUGUCCCAGAGUAUGACGGUGCCCCUGACUCCUACGAUUGAAGGUGGCGCUACUCUAGAUGCAAGUCAGCAACCCGGUCAAGGCAAUAAUACGAACGGCGGAUUCUUCCAGUCCAUGUUUUCCGUUGCACAGAAUGCAGCGACAACCCUGGGCAAUACUAUCGCUAAUGCCAACGCUGCAAACACUGCCGGUGGGGUCCGGUCGAGAAGUGGAACUGGAGCUUCAGAGUCUGGGAAGAGUGAGACCGAGCAGGAAAUUGUGCGGCAAGGUGGGGGUUCUGGGGUCGAGGGGGAAAAGAACGAGCCGCAGAAGCGGCCUGCUAUCGAGACGUUGGGUCAGGGUGAGCUUAGCUUGGGCAGUCUGGGCAUACUCCCCAAUUCGCAAAAAUCGAGCGCGUCCCCUAGUGAGGGCCGGCCCUCGAGGUCAGCAAGCGUUAAUAGUCACGGGGCAAGCUCGGAGACUGGAGAUAGUCGCGUAAUCACUGGGGGCGGUGGGACCGUGCUGCAGAUCGGGGCAUCCGCUGGUCCGGCUCACCGGAUAGGGUUCACCGAUGGGGGCCUUAACGAUGAAGUUCUCCUAUCUCUGGACUCUGCUGUUAGCUCUCGCGGUGGGUUCGAGACCGCUGGAGAAAGUGCUUUUAACAGCCCCGUUGGCCCUGGUGGCUCUUAUGGUUUGGAAGGUUUGAGGAAAACACCCAUGGCGGAAGAUUCCGCCUUUACGGGCCGAGACGGCGAUCAUGCCCCGGAGAAGGGUGUUUUGAAUCCUCCCGAUGAUCGAGAUGACACCUGGUCUGGCGAUGCCGACCGGCGGAGAUCUGGAAGUGUGAGGAGCGGUGGCCGGCGGAAACGUGGGUCGUCUGCGGCUUCCGGAGCAAACCCGCAGCCGGUACCCAGACCUACCGGGUUCGCUGUCGCGCCUAAGAGGCGUAACCGCGAAUUCCAUGAGAUGUUUAGGUCUGUGCCAGAGGACGAUUAUCUGAUAGAGGAUUACGGAUGCGCUUUACAAAAGGAAAUCUUGCUUCAGGGCAGACUGUACGUCUCCGAAGGGCACAUAUGCUUUUACUCCAAUAUUUUCGGAUGGGUCAAUACUCUGAUUAUCAGCUUUGAUGAGAUUGUCAGCGUUGAGAAGAAGAAUACUGCCAUGCUGUUUCCCAAUGCCAUUGUUAUUCAGACGCUCCAUGCACGAAAUGUCUUUGCAAGUUUUAUAUCUAGGGACAGUACAUAUGAUCUUAUUGUUGGUAUCUGGAAGAUCGGACAUCCGCAACUUGUUGCCGGCGCUACUGGGGUUAGGCUCGAGGAUGGUGGAGAUGCUGAGGAGGGUGAUCCGCCGGAUGGAGUGAGUGAAUACGAGGAGGACGGAGACGAUGACGAAUACGAGGAUGCUAGCAACGAUGAUCUGGGAGAGAGUUACACAGAUGCGGGUGAUGUGGUGCUCUCCGACGAUAAGGGCAAGAACGGGGGUGGGGCGUCCAAGUCAGUAAGCAGAAAGGCUAGCCAAGCAGUCCUGGGCGCAUCUGGUGAGGAUGGCAGCGGCGCGGUAGUGGACUAUCCUGGACCUCAGACCCAUCCCCCGACAUCCUGCAAUGAUGACCACUACGAUAGGCCACUUUGCGAUGACAUUAUCCCUGCCCCGCUCGGGAAGGUUUAUUCGCUCGUUUUUGGCCCCGCUAGUUUCCCGUUCAUGUCCCAGUUCUUGGCGGAUGAGGAGAAGACUCGCAGUUUCUCUUACAUCAAGCUCCUUGGUGGCGGUAUCGGUCCGAAGCAGACAAAGUGUAAUAUCACAGAGACUCUGGACAAUUGCGACUUGGAGGACCAUGUCAUUGUUACCGCUACUACCCAAACACCUGAUGUCCCCUCUGGAAACGUCUUUAUGGUGAAAACUCGAUACUGCCUUACAUGGGCGGACGACGGGCAAACAAGGCUUGUGUCAUCCUGCACGGUCGAAUGGUCCGGGAAGAGUUGGCUUAAGGGUAGCCCAAUUGAGAAGGGAGCCAACGACGGUCAGAUCGCUUACAACAAAGACCUCCGCAUCGCGCUCAAGAAGGAAGUCGAACCGAAGGAGCCCAUCGGCAAACAAUCCAAGAACAAGAUCAAGAAGCGCAAGAAGGACCUGAAUGCCAAGGGCGAAGCUAUCGGCCGUGCCGCCGGCGGAACCGUAAAAGGCCGCGAGGCGCUAGCCGCCGGCUUCGAGAGCCCCGCAGGCCAAGCGAGCUGGGGCGUAUUCGCUCCACUGAGGACGUACCUGGAGCCCGUAGCGGACAUCAUCAGCCCACUGAUCGGUGGCGCGCCAGGGCUUGUUGCGGCAUGCCUGGUCCUGGCUGUAUUCUUGUGGUGGCAAAGCACUAGUGUCUACUCCCGACAUGCUAAUACAGCUGUUGACGGUGGUUCGGGCGUGCAUCAUCUACACCAGCACUGGGACACCCUCUGGCGCUCGGAGGAAGACGGGUUAUGGGAGUGGCUGGAAGACCGCGUCGGAAUCAACGAGGUCGUCGCCCCCCCUUCCCGCCGCGCGAAUUCUUUUGAGAAAGCUGCACGGUCGAGGCGUGAUGGUGCGGGUGCUGGCCUGACGCAAGGUAUGAAGCGCCGGGAGGUUGAAGAUGCGAUUGGAGUUAUGGAGGAGCGGUUGGCGAUACUUCGGAGGGUGGUUGAAGAAGGGAGGUAUGGUGAUGGUACUGAUUGAGUUGAUUGCUUUGGUUUUGGGUUUUAUGAUUAUUGGAGGUGCGGUUGGAUGUGGUAGUAAGAGGACAUUGCUUUGCUAAGCCUUUUCUUUUGAUCCCCCUUUGCUUUUUGAUCAUUGAUUCAUUGGGUAAGUGUAACUUUUUUCACCUUUUCACUUUCUGCUUCUCUUUUCUUCUCUUGAUGUUUGGCGAUUGCAGGGUUUUUUUUCCCUCUCCCUUUUUAGGUUGAAAAGUUAGCAUGUUUGUUACUCCUGGCGCUUGGUGUAGUCUACUCUAUUUUAGUUUAUUUUACUUUUGGGGAUUUUUCUUUUUUUUGUAUUCGCCCUCGCUGCCACCAUCAUCGCCAUUUCUGGUUUAUUCAUUGGAAACACAUUUUGGUAUCAUAUCCUAUCGUUCAUAGCAUGCAUAUUGAUUUUUAUGGUGGUCAA